AUGGCUGCCGCCGCCCACCCUGCCCAGCCGUCUCAAGAGCUCUCCUUCGCCCCUCCACCUCAACGGCAUGCGCAACCAUCUCGCCACCCGGCCUCGUCCCAGGCGGAGCAGGAGACGGCGCAGGACGACUCGAUGACGGACGACAUGAAGAUUGCCAUCUCGGCGCUGGGCCUCAUGCGCGAGGGAUCGCUGGGAGCGGGACGGGCUCACGAGGCGGCCCCCGCAAUGGACCACGACGGCGCGAGCACCUCGAGCGUGCCGUUCCCGUCUGUCGGACAACCGCCUGCGUCGUUGGACUUUCGCGCACCGUCGGGCCUGACCCGUGGAGACCCGUCGAGGUCGACUUCCAUCGCGUCGACUGCAUCUGCCUCCGAGGCUUGGACGGGCGCCGGGACGAGCGACACGGGCUACUCUUCGCCCGCGACGAGUGCGAGUAUCUCGUGCGCAGUGACGGACGAUGCAGAGAUGAGCGAGAAAGGGCUUGGCGAGGCGGAACUCGAUGCUGAGGGAGCGGGCGAGGAGGGAGUGAACGGGGCCGAGGAUCCCAGGUUCAUGGCGCGCGUGUCGCAAUUGCCGAUUGUCAGCGGUGGACUGGAAUGGUACGAGCGGAGCAAGGCGAACUCGAGGGUCGUCAAGUAUGGCGCCGGUCUCGUCGAGUCUUCCUUCUCAGCCGUCUCCCGCCCGAUCGCCAACACCCAUCUCGGCCGCGCGACCGACGAGUUUGCCUGCCGCCAACUCGACCGUAUCGGUGCUCCCGGCGCUUCUCCCGGCCGCAAGUCUCCCGCUUCUCUCCACUCUCGCCAACUCCAAUCCGAAACUUCGCCAGUGGAAGAAGAUGGCCAGCCCGCAUCGCAGCGGCCGAGGCUCGACCAGCGCACCAGUUCGAGCUCGACGGUCGCGGGAGGAGCGGGAGGCGGACAGGUUGCGACGGUGCCGGGAGGUCAGAGGUCGAGGUGGCAGACUGUUUUGCUCGAAGCGGGAGGUUUAGGUGCGGCGGUGAGCGAGGAGAGCCUGAAGAGCCUGAGGUACUGCUUGCAGUGGUUGUUGUACGCAACGGCACACCUCGACCACCAGAUCGGCAUCCUGCGCGACUUUAUUAUCUCCCUCCGCUCUCACACCGGCGGCUCUUCCUCCCCUUCCUCGAACGCCCUUGUCGCCGCCUCCGCCUCCGCACAUCUCUCGCAGAUCAAGCACGACGUCGUCGAAACGAUUCGCAAGGUCGUCGAAGUCGUCUCGAAGUACGCUGGCGCUGCGCUGCCCGAACAGGCGAAGCGCUACGUCAGGCAGAGUAUUCUCGGUUUGCCCGUCAAAUGGGCGAGUGCGAUCGAGGGUGGAAGGAGGUUGAGGGAAGGCAGUGUGAGCGGAAUGUCGGCUGCGGGAGAGAGCGACUUCGGCACGCCUCGGCCGGAGAGGAUGCACGAGUCGUACUUCCCAGGCGCGGCGGGGCCGAGCAAGGGUCCUCCGGGCGGAUUGAGCGAGCAGGUGCAGGGCGGUCAGGCGUCGGCGGACCUCAACCCGACGGCGGAAGCGGCGGACAGGAUCUUGACCUUUGCGGUCGAGAGUCUCGACAUGCUUCGCUCGGUGACGGGUAUCUUUGGCGAGUCGGUCGAGCGUGCAGAAGCCUGGAUCGAGCGUCUCCGCGUUGUCGGCCUCGACCGUCAGCGUCAGCGUCAAACGGCAGCCGACGCACCCUCUUCCUUCUCUCCUCCCGCACCCUCACCCGCCCCUGCUCUUCCCGCGCCAGAUUCGGUCGGCCACACUCCUCCCGCCUCUCACCCCGCGACGUUCGGUUCCGGCGCUUCUUCGCCUGUCGUCGCUGGUACGAAGCGUCGCCGCGCGACUGCUACGUCGACGAUGGCGGCUGGUGCGGAAGUGGAGGGAGUGGCGGGGAGCAACGGCAGGGCGAGGACGACGGGCGUCGAUGCGGGACAAGCAGCGGAAGAGGCGGAGCAUUCGGGCGGGUCGCGGAGGAAGCGCGGUGCGUGGAGGGAGGGCGCGGAGAGCGGUGCAUGA